CGGUGCCUUUUAGGCGGGCAUUGCUGCUCUGCUUGCCCCCAUCGUCCCUGGGCAGGCCAUGCCCCCAUUGCUCUGUGAGUGCCAAGUGGCCAUUUGAGGCUUGGGAUUUGUCUCCAGCCAGACCCAGCUGUCAUCCCACCUGAUUCGCCUUAGGCAUGUAGCCUUGGAAGAGAUACUGAGCAGAAACCUAUUAGUGCUCUGCUCAAGCAAAGUCAAUGUCCAAUCAAAAAUUGCUAUUAUUAGUGGUGCUCUUACUGCACCAAAGUUCUUCAGUGUUUCUUAGCACCUCGACCACUGGUGGUCCCUCUCCCCCUUGUGGUCAGACCUGUCCCUGCCCUCUGGCUCCUCCCUCCCCCCUCCCUCCCGCCUCUCUCUCACCAGUGCCUGCAGGUGCCUCAGGGAAGCAGAGCUCAGACCCUAACCUGCCCUCUGCCACCCAUCCAGUCAGUCUCCGUCCAGCAGGUGCAGCUGGGAGGUCACCCUGGGCUUCUCCCCACCAGCAGGGAAGCAGAACCAUGCUGGGUUACCUCGCCCUCCUGUGUGCUCUCCUGUUUCCAGGUGGCGUGGCAGCGAUCAGUCUGACUCAGCAGGCUGUGGCCGUGGGGCGUGUGGGCAGCUCGACCACCCUGUCCUGCCAAGCCAGCGCCUCCGUCAGCUACAUCCACUGGUACCUCCACCAGGAGGGGACUGCCCCCAAGAGGAUCCUCAUGCUGGACAUGUCAAGGUUAUAUGUGCAGAGGUAUGGGGGCUUGAAAGCGGACAAAAUCGAUGCCAAGAAAGGCAAGGAAAGCAACAGCUGUGAACUGUCAGUGAAGAAGCUGCAGAAGAGCGACGAGGGCGUGUACUACUGUGCUGCCUGGGAAGACUCUUGGGAUUGGUAUGGCUGGGGUUACAAAGUAUUUGGUCCUGGCACACUGCUCAGGGUCACAGAUAAAAAUCCUGAUGAAGACACUUUCCCCAAGCCCACAAUUUUUCUUCCUUCAAUUGCUGAGGUACAACUCCAUAAGGCUGGAACAUAUCUUUCUCUUCUUGAGGAUUUUUUCCCUGAUGUUAUCGAGAUAGAUUGGAAAGAACAGGAUGGCAAAAUAAGUCUGACGUCCCAGCAGGGAAACACCAUGAAGACUAAGGACACAUACAUGAAAUACACCUGGCUGAGCGUGAGUGAAGAGUCAAUGGGCAAAGAACACAAAUGUAUCGUUAAACAGGAGAAGAAUAAAAGAAGGUUUGAACAAGAGAUUCUGUUUCCUUCAAUAAACAAAGCUGUGGUGGAGGCAAGAGGAUCCGAAGUAGACCCACAGGGGCAUUCGGAGACAAGGCAAAACACAGGGGUGGUCACUGUGAGCCCUUUGAGUUCACUGUCCUCCUCACCGGUUUCAAGGGCUGCAGAGCUCGCUGCUGUUAACUACACAAAAGCUUCUCUGAAAGAUGAAAAUGACCCCCGACAGGUGCAGCUCGUGAACACCUCUGCCUACUACACCUACCUCCUCCUUGUCAUCAAGAACAUGGUCUACACCGUCAUCAUCGCCAUCUGUCUGCUUGGGAGACCAGCACUCUGUGACAAUGGGAAGAGUUCCUAACCCAUGGUGGCACCAAGGGUCCACUUUUCUCCAUUGGCUAUUGUCACUAGAAGAGUCUGCUGGAGAUAUAGCGGGGCUUUCUUUCUGCGUUUGGGUUAUUUCAGUUCACAUGUUUCUUUUUCUAUGUGUCAUCAUUGCAGAACAGGUUUACAAACAGCUAGGCAGACAGGAAAUGUCACUCUGCAUGGAGAACAAUUCCUGCCAUGACUCAGGGAUGGGGCCGGGGGGCAUCCACGGGGGCUUCAGUAUGUCUCUAUCUUUCACCUCCGCCAGCUCGUCAGCAGCGCAGCACCCUCGCCUCUGAGUACACUUGGCGUGCAGCUUCCAUAGAGCUCCUGGGGCUCUGUAUCCAGAUAACUUCCUGGAGGCCUUUUAUUUUACAUUUCUGGAAGCUGCCAUCUUUGCUACCUGAGUUUUGUUAUGUUUUUCAUAAUAGGCACAAUAAAAACAAUCACAAGUCUACUUUUGCCUCUGUGGACAUUC